AGCCCAAAUUGUCAUUGGGCAGAGGCAAUCAUGUGACAGCCAAUUCGGUCCAAUUUCAACCUUGUCUCCAUGAAUUCAAUAGUUUAAUAGUAGCACGGUCCCCAUACGGCUGUAAUCAGUGAAUUAGAAAAAAAACACCCCACCAGCGAUCUUCUAUGCUAUAUUUUUUUUCUCCUCUCUCUCCUUUUUCCUGGGCCUUCCCCUCCCCCCGAGGCCCCUGAAUCCGAGGGAACUUUUUCUCCGCGGGGGCUGCCAGUUGAAGGCCAUGAAUUUCGCAUUUGAGCGAGAGAUCGGUUUUAUCAAUAGCCAGCCAUCGCUUGCUGAGUGCCUGACAUCUUUUCCCCCUGUCGGUGAUACAUUUCAAAGUUCAUCAAUCAAGAACUCGACGCUUUCACACUCGACACUGAUUCCUCCUCCUUUCGAGCAGACCAUCCCCAGCCUGAACCCCGGCAGCCACCCUCGCCACAGCGGCGGCGGUCGCCCCAAGGCGAGCCCCCGCGGCCGCAGCGGCAGCCCGGGCCCCGCUGGAGCCCCGCCGCCCCCGGAGUACCCCUGGAUGAAAGAGAAAAAGGCGUCCAAGCGAUCCGCGCUGCCGCCCGCCUCGGCCUCCGCCUCAGCCGCUGGACCUGCCUGCCUCAGCCACAAAGACCCCCUUGAAAUCCCCGAUAGCGGUAGCGGUGGAUCUAGGCGCCUGAGGACGGCUUACACCAACACCCAGCUUUUGGAGCUAGAGAAAGAAUUUCAUUUCAACAAGUAUCUCUGUAGACCAAGGAGGGUUGAGAUUGCAGCCUUGCUGGAUCUGACUGAGAGACAAGUCAAAGUCUGGUUCCAGAACAGGAGGAUGAAGCACAAGAGACAGACCCAGUGCAAGGAGAAUCAAAACAGCGAGGGGAAAUUUAAGAACCUAGAGGACCCCGAAAAAGCGGUGGACGAGGAAGAAGAGGAGGAGGAGGAGAAAUCCCUCUUCGAGCAAGCCCUCAGCAAUGUCUCCGGCGCUCUCCUGGAGCGGGAAGGCUACGCUUUCCAGCAGAAUGCCCUCUCCCAGCAGCAGGCGCAGAAUGCGCACAAUGGCGAAUCCCAAACUUUCCCCGUUUCGCCUUUAACGAGCAAUGAGAAAAAUCUGAAACAUUUUCAACAUCAGUCACCCACUGUUCAAAACUGCCUCUCAACAAUGGCCCAGAACUGUGCAGCUGGCCUGAACAAUGACAGUCCUGAGGCCCUAGAUGUCCCUUCUUUACAGGACUUUAACGUUUUCUCCACAGAUUCCUGCCUACAGCUUUCAGAUGCAGUUUCCCCCAGUUUGCCAGGAUCUCUGGACAGUCCCGUAGAUAUCUCUGCUGACAGUUUUGACUUUUUUACAGACACACUCACCACAAUUGACUUGCAGCAUCUGAAUUACUAAGAAAUUAAAGACGUUCUCUCCAAGGGUCCUGCUUUCUCCUCCUUAUUCUACUUAAUUUUUUUCCCCAGUGAAUUAAUUUUAUUUUCCCCCUCCCUUUCCCUCCUCAGUAUUUUCUGUUUGUUACCUCCCUCUGAUAUGCCAUUUUGCCGUUUCUUAUGAAGUUUUAGUUGUGUUCAAUUUUAACCUAGCCACAUUCUAGGUCCUUCUAUGAAAGCAAUAUAUGAGGUCUGUAAGAAAGUGAUCAUAUAGGAAUGUAUCUUCACUUUCUUUUUAUUUUUGUAUUGCAU